GAACCUUUUCUAUAAUUUAACAUUAAACGCUUGAAUUAUUGUAACGAUGGCUCUUUCCAUCUUUUUACGAAGGCCAGGAAACAUCAGGGCCUGUUUAUGUCAACGAAUGCGUGUGAAAGUUUUACCAACCAUAAAGACUAAUGUCCUUUUAAAAACUAACUUAACUGGAUCCAAAAUGAUUCCGAAUUAUAGCCCCGCCAAAUCUUUUAGUACAUCACUAGUCCGAAGACACGAAGAAAAACCUCAUGACCACGCCAAACUUUGGAUUGUUGAAAAGGGUACAACAGCUUGCCUUGUCGUACUAAUUCCUUUUGGGUUAUUGAUCCCUAAUAAACUUUUCGACACAGUUCUUGCUAUCCUGAUAACAGCUCAUUCAUAUUGGGGUCUGGAAGCAUGCGUUGUGGAGUACGUCAGAGUUUUAUUAUUUGGACCGUCGCUUCCUAAAGUGGCGAUGGGGGUUGUAUAUGCAAUUAGCGCCCUUAUGCUUGGCGGUUUGCUAUUUCUGAAUUUCAAUGACAUAGGUAUGUCUAGAGGUUUUUGGAGAAUUUGGAGGAACAUGAGAAGGUCAGCAGAUGCGCCUAGGAGGGGCAAAGGUGGACCAGGUGCAAAAUGCGACUAACCUCACCAUUCUACUGUUUAGUAAAAACUAAAACCUCAUUUAACUAUUGCAUUUAAAAGGUAAGCAGUAACCAAGCGCGGUUGUAUAACGCUAUUAUUAUUUAUUAAUUUUUAAAUAUUAAUAGCGGGC